AUGGAUUCAACUCCAAACCGAACGCAACACAAUGAAAGUGCGCCAUCGUAUCCAUAUGCCCAAGAUACCUUUCCUGGCUUUCCUCAAUUCGUUCCGCGAUCCAGCUGGAUGAAUAUGGCCACUGAUUCACAGCCGCAUUAUGGCGGCUCCUAUUUUCCUUACGUUCCACAACCACCGAAUAUACCUAAAACGCAAACCCAUUCAGAAAAUGCUUCAUCUAGCACUUCGACGAAUCCGACAAACGAGUAUGAUUCAGAUCACGUCGCUCCGAAUUUAGCUUCCUCCGAUGAUAUUGGCGCCAAAGGAAAUACAUCAACAAGAUGGAAGGAAGGGCAAACCACCGUCUUAGUGCACGAAUGGAGAGAACGCAUAGAAGAGUUAGAAAGCAGCAGGGCAACGGAUACAUGGCAUCGUAUUGUAGACGCAGUAAACAAGGCUGGCAGUUCAAAAAGCUUAAAGCAAUGCAAAAACAAAAUUCGAAACCUAAAGCAAGCAUACAAGGAAGCCAAAGCAAACAACAAUCGGACGGGGAGUUCACCAAAGACAAGCCCAUUUUUUGACACGUUUGAUGAUGUACUUGGAACAAGGGCGGUGGUAACAAUGCCUGGUGUAAUACAGAGCGAUUCUGUCCUGUAUGAAACCGCAACGCUAAACGAUUCGAACGAAGAAUCCGAUGAGUCAGAAACUGACAGCAGUGGUACACCCUCUCCAGAUCAAAUUGGCAAACGUAAAAGGCAACCUAAAAAUCCCGCAAGGAAACAAAAAAAAGAACGAGUCACUGCAGCCACGGCUAUGAUCGACCUGACCGGAAAACUGGUUGAAAUGCAACGCUCGCAGGCUGAAUUAAUGGACAAGGCACAGUCACGCACAGAAGAAUUAAUGUUGAAAAUGGAGACGGACCAAAGAAAACUGGAUGAAGAAUCACGGCAUAGGGAUCAAGAGUUCUUUUUGUGGAUGGCGGAACUUAUGAAAAAGUAG